AUGGUUCGCCUUGGGGCGUCGCAAGUCAUUCUUGCUUGUCGGAAUGUCGACAAGGCAAAGACGGCAGCAAAGGACAUUGAAGCAACGACUUUGUGCUCAUCUGACACCCUCCAGGUGUGGCCCCUCGAUAUGAGCUCGUACAGUUCAGUCCAGGCCUUUUCCGACAGAGUCAAGGCUGAGUUGCCACGCGUCGACGUGCUUAUCGCCAACGCCGGUUUAGGAACACAGAAGUUCCGAAUGACCGAAGACAACGAAGAGACCAUCACCACCAAUGUGGUCUCUAUGUCCCUGCUCGCCUUCCUCCUCCACCCUAAGCUCCGCGAGACGGCCGCGAAAUACAGCACGCAAACCCACUUCACCGUGACCGCCUCGGAGCUCUAUGAGGUCGCCAAGUUCAAAGAACGCAACGCGCCGGCCGGCCAGCUCUUCGCGACCCUCAACGAUAAAAGCACGGCCAACAUGUUCGACCGCUACAACGUCUCGAAGCUGCUGGCGAUCUUCAUCGUCAAGCAAAUCGCCGUUCUGUCCCCCAUCAAUUCCAGCGGGGUCAUCGUAAACUGUGUGGCUCCUGGCCUCUGCCAAAGCGAACUCCACCGCGAAUACGACAACCGCGCCGUCCGUCUCAUUAUAAAGAUGCUGGCCCGCCCGACCGAGGUUGGUGCGCGCACGCUCGUGCACGGCGCCAGCGUAGGACCGGAAUCCCACGGCCAGUACGUGCCGGACUGCAACAUCACGCCGACGGCGGGCCUCACCAAUGGCGAUGCGGGGGCCGAGCUGCAAGAUCGGGUUUGGGUGGAGCUGAGGCAGAAGCUGGAAGCUAUCCGGCCGGGUGUCACGUCUUUGUCUUGA